GCUUCCUCCAGAGGGCGGGAACCUUGGACGUGGCGGGGCUGGGUCAGCCAGGGCGCGGGGCCUGGGGAGCUCGGCGCAGCCUCUCGGCAGGCUGGCCUUCCGCGCCGCCGUCAAGCCCCCGACAGACCCCACGCCUGCCGGGUAGACCGGCGCCAGCCCGAGUGACGCCUGGCGUGGGACCCCGGGCGCGCGGCUCAGUGCGGCGGGGCGGGCGGGCGCCACACCUGUGCAGGCGAGGGCGGGGCGAGAAGGUGCGCAGGCGCGCUCGGGGCUGGCGGGCGGUGGCUCCCGGGACGUUGCGCAGCCAAAGUGGCCGGCUCGGCGCGCGCGCUCGCGGUGGCGUAAUCUCUCAGCCUCUCUGUGUCUCGUUUCCUCCGCCUCAGUUUGGGGCGGGUCGGGGAAAUGGCUGAGGAGAUGGAGUCCUCUCUUGAGGCAAGCUUUUCGUCCAGCGGAGCGGUGUCAGGGGCCUCAGGGUUUCUGCCCCCUGCCCGCUCCCGCAUCUUCAAGAUAAUCGUGAUCGGCGACUCCAACGUGGGCAAGACCUGCCUGACCUACCGCUUCUGCGCUGGCCGCUUCCCCGACCGCACCGAGGCCACGAUAGGGGUGGAUUUCCGAGAACGAGCGGUGGAGAUUGAUGGGGAGCGCAUCAAGAUCCAGUUAUGGGACACAGCAGGACAAGAACGAUUCAGAAAGAGCAUGGUUCAGCACUACUACAGAAAUGUACAUGCUGUUGUCUUCGUGUAUGAUAUGACCAACAUGGCUAGUUUUCAUAGCCUACCAUCUUGGAUAGAGGAAUGCAAACAACAUUUGCUAGCCAAUGAUAUACCACGGAUUCUUGUUGGAAAUAAAUGUGACUUGAGAAGUGCCAUUCAGGUGCCCACAGACUUGGCACAGAAAUUUGCUGACACACACAGUAUGCCUUUGUUUGAAACCUCCGCUAAAAACCCCAAUGAUAAUGACCAUGUGGAAGCUAUAUUUAUGACCUUGGCUCAUAAGCUUAAGAGCCACAAACCAUUAAUGCUUAGUCAACCCCCUGAUAAUGGAAUUAUCCUGAAGUCUGAACCAAAGCCUGCAAUGUCGUGCUGGUGCUAAAUAACAGUCUUUAUUAUAUUAUCUAAUUUUGACUAAAGAAAUACUUCUGAAAUAUGACAGUAAUAAGUCAUAAGAUUUAAUCUCAACUAUAUUGGGUCAUCUUGAUACUUUGCUGUUUAUCAUUGUCACACUUUUGUAUUUUUUAUCUACUUAAGUUUGUCACUGUGACAGCACAAGGAAAAGUUGGUUUUCAGGUGAGAUUGAAAAUGAAGCAAAGAUAGAAUGAAUCAGAACAUCUCUCCAUCUAGAGCCCAAUGAAGGAGGCUUAAAAUGAGAACAUGCUGUAAUUUAAAGGAUCAGAAACCAUUCAAUCUUGUGUUCCUAGGAUUGGAAAAAAGUGUUAAUGGUUUAGCACACACCUAAUGAUAUGUCCUUUGAAUGGGAAGUGUUCUUAAUAGGAUGAAAACUGGUAUUAGCCUCUACUCAGAGUUCUUUUUUUGUUUUUUUCUUAGAGACUGGGUCUUGCUGUGUAGCCCAGGCUGGCCUUGAGCUUCUGGGCUCAAGCAAUUCUCCCACCUUAGCCUCCCAAGUAGCAGGGACUACAGGUGCUCACCACUGCAUCUGGACUUUCUUUGUUUUAUUUGCAUAUUUAAUUUUGUUAUUGGUAUGUUUUAGAGCCAAGACUUUAGUUUCAGUGGGAUAAGAAAGCAUAGAAUGUUUUCUGGUUCCCAGUCCAUAAAGAAUGACUUUUUUAAGAGUUCUAGGUGUUUGAUUUUCUAAUUAAUAUUAAUCAGAUCUACAGAAAUCAUUGUUACUUUUAAAAAGAGUCGUUUGAAUUGCUUUCUUACUAAAUCUCAUUAAAUGCUUUCUUACUAAAUCUCAUUAAAUCAACUUCCAUUUGGAUUGUAGCUGUGAAGGCACAACUCUAAUUGCUAUUAGUCCAUAUGUAUUUCUGUAAUAGUAUUGUGUCAUAUCAAUUUUUAAGAUGUCUAAAUUUUAUGGUCACAACAAGCUAUUCCUCCUCAGUAUGAAAGAUAAAUUAGAUAUUGAAAAAUAUCUUUUCUAUCCUUUAGUGAUGGAAAGAAUAUUUCAAAAGUUUUUUAACCUAAAUACUUUUAUUUUGAAUUUAAGUCUUUGCACAUAAAAUAUAGCAAGCUUACAUAUUAAACUACUUACAUAAGUGGAAUGUAAGCCAUGACUUUAACUGAAGUGUUCACAUUCACUAAUUCUGAUAGAUUACUGUCCUUAAUAAUUUUGGAGGAAAUUAAGCCAAAAGAUUAUUGUUCUUAACAAUAUUUUCAGAAUGUGGGAAAUCAACUAAAAAUGUAAUCUAAUCUAGUUUAAGAUUUUUGUUGAUCAUGGGGGUCCUAACUGGACAAUUUAACUAUAAAGACAAGAUAAUUCUAUUAAAUGAGCUGAGACUAGUAAUUAUAGGAAGUGAUUAUUCCGUUUUCAGUAUUAGAACUCAAAUUGACUUUAUUUGCAUAUAGAGAGAUCAUUUUUCUUAAUCAUGCUGGAAUUAAAAAUUAAAAAUUGUUUUACUUGUAUCUAAAUCUUGAUUUAUAACUAUUUUUGUAAUAAAACAAUGACAGCUGUAGUAAUUGUGAUGGGUGUAACAACUUUUUUUUUAAAGAAGGGACUGUGUUUAUUGUCUUUCAAAAUAUUCUCUAAAGUUGGGGAAGAAAGUUUAUAGAUUUUUCCAAACACAUUUAUGGUUUUUUAAUUGCUGUUACUAUGGUUUUAAAAAGAGUAACUUUAUUUCUUUUUGUAAGGAGUUAGUAGUAUCUUUUACAGUUCUGUGAAAGGACUUAUUUUUUAACUUUAAUAUUUAUUUUAAAAUAUUUGUAUCUCAUUUGUAACAAUUUAUGGUUUUAAUUUUUUAUAUGUAUGUUUUUAUUUUUGAAAAGAACAUACCAGUUGAAUGGGGAUAAAGCUUUUAAUAUUUUAAAAUAUUUAUAAAACAUUUCAUUGACUGUUGAAAAUCACUUCCAAAAUGAUAGCUAUCAACAACGAAUUAUUAAUUUUUAAAGCACAAAUCACACAUUAAAAAAAUCUGUGGAAUUUAACUGUGACCUUUAAUUGAAAAUAAAUAACUGAAAUAUCAGAUAUGUUUUGGAAAAGUCUUAAUUUGUGAGCGCUAAAGGAAACUACCCCAGAAUCUAAUAUAGUUAGCUGUUAGUAACAAUGCAUUAUUGAAAGUAUAUUGCAAAUACAUGUUUCCUCAUGAAAUCUAAAGUUAAAUAAUUUUGUUGUGGAAUAGUGUCACUGUUACAUUUCCCCCAUAAAGUUCAAUAAACCAGCUUAGCCACAAAG